CACCUUUGACCCCUGACCCCGGCCCUCCAGCCGCGGGAUGGGCUGGGCCCGGCCGGGGGGGCUGCGGCCGGAGCGGGGGCUGGGCCCGCGCCGGGGGGUCGGGAGUCCAGUGUGCAGCUUUGGGCCUCGCGGCCGGAGGGAUGCGCACACCGCGGGGAGCCGGCCCGGGACGGAAAUGUCCCUGGAGGACUGCCCUCUGGAUGAGGACGAAGAUGCCUUUCAUGCCCUGGGUGAGGAAGAUGAAGAUAUUGACCAGUUCAACGAUGACACAUUUGGAGCCGGUGCUGUGGAUGAUGAUUGGCAGGAGGCACAUGAGCGGCUGGCUGAACUGGAAGACAAGCCUGCAACCACUGGGGAGCAGGAAGAUGGGACAGUCACUGAUGAAAUGGACCUGCUGGGGGACCAUGAAGAGAACCUGGCAGAGAGGCUGACCAAGAUGGUAAUCGAUAAUGAACUGGAAGACCCAGCCAUCAUGCAGGCUGUGCAAACCCGGCUCCCUGUUCAACAUCCAGGAGGACUGAACUCCAGCAUCUGGGAUGGAUCAGCAGUUCUGAGACGCAUCCGAGGGCCGCUUCUCACUCAGGAGAUGCCGUCGGUGUCAGUGCUUGACUACGCCCUGCCUCAGAGGCCACCCCAGGCCCGGGAUGAGGAGCGCGACCUCUCAGAGAGGGCACUGCCCAGGCGCUCUUCCUCCCCUGUCAUUGGAAGCCCCCCUGUCCGCGCUGUCCCCAUCGGCACCCCGCCCAAGCAAGCUGCCAUGCCGAACUUCAACCAGCAGAUCCUAUGUCCAAAGCCUGUUCACAUUCGGGCUCCAAUGCAGCAGCGUUACCCUGCCCCUUACGGCGAGAGGAUGUCUCCGAACCAGCUGUGCAGCGUCCCGAAUUCCUCCCUCCUGGGCCACCCGUUCCCUCCCAACGUCACUCCUGUUCUCACCCACCUGCAGAGAGCACAGCUGCUAGGAGGAGCACAGGCCGGCCGUAUGUCUCCCAGCCAAUUUGCUCGAAUCUCUGGACUCGUUGGCAGUCCCCUCCCAUCCAUGAACCCCAAGUUGCUGCAGGGCCGAGUGGGGCAGAUGGUGUCACCAGCCAGUGGGUUCCGUGCCUUCUUUGGGGCGCCACCCCCUCCAGCACCUCCCUCAGCGCAGCAGCAGCAGCAUCCCCCAUGUCCUGGGUCCCAUUUGCAGAACUUAAGGUCCCAGCCACAGAUGUUUCGACCAGACACGACUCAUCUUCACCCACAGCAUCGGCGACUUCUGCAUCAGAGACAACAGCAGAACCGGAAUCAGCACCGGAAUCUGAACGGCUCAGCGGGGGACCGAGGGAGCCAUCGAAACAGCCAUCAGGAGCAGAUGCAGAAGGACCCCUAUGCCAAUCUUAUGCUGCAGCGGGAGAAAGACUGGGUGUCUAAGAUCCAGAUGAUGCAGCUGCAAAGCACUGACCCAUACUUAGAUGAUUAUUACUAUCAGAAUUACUUCCAGAAGCUGGAGAAAAUAUCAGCAACUGAGGAAAUGCAUGGAGAUGGCCCCAAGAAGGAGCGUACUAAACUCAUCACGCCCCAGGUAGCCAAGCUGGAGCAUGCCUACAAGCCAGUGCAGUUUGAGGGCUCAUUAGGGAAGCUCACGGUCUCCAGUGUGAAUAACCCCCGGAAAAUGAUUGACGCAGUGGUGACAUCCCGCAGUGAGGAUGAUGAGACCAAGGAGAAGCAGGUUCGAGAUAAGAGACGUCAGACACUUGUGACAAUUGAGAAGACAUAUAGCCUCCUCCUAGAUGUGGAGGACUAUGAGAGACGCUAUCUUCUGAGCCUGGAAGGGGAAAGGCCAGCCCUGAUGGAGGAGAGGAAGCAGAAGAUCUGUGACAUGUAUGACAAUCUGAGGGGGAAAAUGCCCAGCCAGGAUAGGCCUAGUGAUGACCACUUUGUACAAAUCAUGUGUAUCCGGAAAGGGAAACGGUUGGUUGCCCGGACCCUCCCCUUCCUGUCCACGGAGCAGGCCGCUGAUAUACUCAUGGCAACAGCCAGGAACUUGCCUUUCCUUAUCAAGAAGGAUGCUCAGGAUGAGGUGCUGCCCUGCCUGUUGAGACCCUUCUCUCAUGUUCUAUAUCAUCUUCCACUGGGAACUGUCACCAGCCUUCUGCAGCAGCUAGCAAACCUACCUCACAGUGCAACAGCGCUGGCACCUGCCAACCUGCACCUCUCAGCUGUGCUCCAGAACAAGUUCGGCUUGUCCCUGCUAUACUUGGUUUUAAGCCGUGGGGAAGAAUUGCAGAGUUCAGAUGCUGCCACAGAACUUAUGCAAGACAACCAGUGAGUUCUUUGCAAAGCUGGAUAAGCCUCCACCAACUUGAUCCUGAUAUCCCCAGUAUGGCCAAGAUGACUCUGGUUCCCAGAUGUUCUUCAGCACAAGUCUUUUUCCUUUGCUGCGACAUCAUUCCCUGCAGAUCCUUCACCUCACAGCCUGGAUACUGGAUGAUUACAAGUAUCAAUGUUCAUAACUGACUAGAGACCUCAUAUCAAGAAGAGACUUUCUUUCCCUUUUCCAGGUGGGUUUGACUCAGCAAGUUUCCUGCUGUUGGCCAGGAUGAGGUAAUCUGCAGAAGAGUAGGGCUGUUCUGCACCCAAGAACUAUAACUCUAAAUUACUUUCUUUAGUGCAAGUAGAACAGUCUGUUCCUAAGUUCAGUCCAGAUGUGCUCCAGUAUCCAUCUCAGCUUAGUACUCACCAGUAAGUGGUCAGACUGGUUCCCCCCAACCCCAAUUCUUGCACAACCUGAAUAAGGUGUUCCUUCCAACACGAGACUGAUCCCCUUUCCCCCUCUCCACCUCCCCUCCCAUCACAUUUUGAUCUGGUACUGGGCUGUUCAGAUUUGAAGAACUAAGUUUUCUACUGAACCUAUCAGUAAAAACCACGUUCUCAAUCUAACACCUCGGUGAAAAAGCUGGGAAGAAAUGAUCCCUCAGGUUUCCCUGCAUAUGGUUUUUCAUCAGGACAGGGUAUCUUUAAAAGACAUGCCACACAUUCCUGUGAACUGCAAUCAUAAUAUCUCACUUCAAGUAACAAUCUACCUUCCAGUCUUUCCAAAAACCAUGCAUGUCCAGAAUGGAGCCAUUAGUCUAUACCUUGGACAUGAGGCAUGCCCUGGCCUCUGCUUACAGAGGACAAAACUGUUCUUCUGGGCAACUUGUCGCCAUGGCAUGACUGGGCUAUAUUGCACAGCAGUCUCCCUCCAGGGACUCCAAAGCAAUCCCUGACUGUGGAAAGACCAAGUGACAAAAAUGCUGAGGGUGAAUUCUCUUAUCAGGCAUGCUCUGCCAAAGCUCAGGUAAUCUUUCCCACACUGCUACAAAAUUUAUCCAACCCAAGCAUUUGCAGAGCAGCACAACAGUUACAAAAAGUUAUGUUGUUCCUGACAACUGGCUGUGUUUUUGGCAACAUGGUGCAUAAAUCAUUUGCUCUGAGAGAGUCUUUCCUCUAAGUAAAUGGGACGCUGCCUCUAAAAGUCUCCCUCAGUGGAGUGUGCUUAUGGACAAAGGAAGGGAAAUACUUUACCUUACAGUAACAGGAGUUUUUAAAGAUGUGUUUUUCCCAUAGGUGUGUUCUGCAGUCUGCCUUCCAUUCCCUUCUUCAAUCUGACCUACCCAUAGCUCUGCAGCUGAGAACUGAAGCAUAGUAAACGUGCACCACCCUUCACACUGUUUGGUGCAGGGCACCUACAUGUUGCUUAGGUACCACUCCAAAAAAUAUCUCUGGACUUGAUCCUGAGGCGCUCACAUAUGUUGCAGACGUACAUAGAGACAGCAUGUUUCAACAUACCACAGCUGCUGGGCAUGAAAUCUUUCCGUUUUCUUGCCUUGCCACCUUCUCAUGCUUUUUUCUCUGCCUAUUUUCCU